AUGGACUGCUCUCCCCAGAAAUCCAUGCUCGGUUUCAAGGACAGUAACCUCGUCUCGAUUAAUGGCAACAGGCUAUCCCUCGUCGAAGCUAUCGUCUUCCUCAGCGUUGAGGUAGGAAAGAUUAAUUGGACAUGGCUGAUUCAGACCUAUACCAAGGUUCUCGAAGUCCGCGAAGAUCUGGCUGCCGCAGUCAUUAUGGACGCACUUCGUCAUCUUGAACUUGCUAGUCUGGAAAGCAAAGCCCUCGAUCUACAGCAGGAGCUUGAACAGAAAUGGGCUGGGGAAGGUACUGCUGGUCGAUGGGGAAGUACGUGCCAUAUCAUGAGUGAUGCUGCACUUGCUUCGUCCUUGGUGGACGUCAGUGGAGGCGUGACGUGCAACAUCAGCCACACGCACUACCUGCCUUGCAAGCAAGGUGUCAACCCAAAAGGUGAUAACAAGUAUACUUAA